CAGAGAGCAAAGUCCUGUCAGAGGAGGAGGAGAGCCUGGAUAGAGGCAAAAAUUCAGUGUUCCGUGAGACACACCAUCAGGAACUGGUAUCAUGGAUGCCCUGGUUCCAUUUCUGCAGCUGCUGGUACUGCUCCUGACUCUACCUCUGCACCUACUGGCUCUGCUGGGCUUCUGGCAACCUAUAUGCAAAACCUACUUCCCUUACUUAAUGGCCACACUAACAGCCAAGUCCUACAAAAAGAUGGAAGGCAAGAAACGGGAACUAUUUAGUCAGAUAAAAGAUCUUAAGGGGACUUCUGGCAACGUGGCCCUGCUGGAGCUGGGCUGUGGCACUGGUGCCAACUUCGAGUUCUACCCGGCUGGCUGCAGGGUCACCUGCGUGGACCCAAACCCCAACUUUGAGAAGUUCCUGACGAAGAGCAUGGCUGAGAACAGGCACCUCCAAUACGAGCGCUUUAUUGUGGCUUAUGGAGAGAACAUGAAACAACUGGCUGACAACUCCAUGGAUGUAGUGGUCUGUACCCUGGUGCUAUGUUCUGUGCAGAGCCCCAAAAAGGUCCUGCAGGAAGUCCGAAGAGUCCUGAGGCCGGGAGGCCUGCUGUUCUUCUGGGAGCACGUGUCUGAGCCUCAGGGAAGCAAGGCCUUCCUAUGGCAGCGAGUUUUAGAGCCUACCUGGAAACACAUCGGAGAUGGCUGCCGCCUCACCAGAGAGACCUGGAAAGACAUUGAGAGGGCACAGUUCUCUGACGUCCAACUGGAAUGGCAGCCCCCUCCCUUCAAGUGGUUACCUGUUGGGCCCCACAUCAUGGGAAAAGCUGUGAAAUAACUCUCCCCAAGGAGGCCAUCUGAUCUCCCCGUCUGCAGCCAGAAGCCACCCAGUACUUCUAAGGAGGAGGUCAGGUAAAGCAUCAGAGAGACUCUUAGCACCGCUGCCACUGCCAGGGUGAUCAUUAAUCAGCUUCAGCCUUUCUCCACAGUGAGGCUUUCUUCCUGCUUUCUCCAGAGGCAGAAAACUAUACUGCAAAGCCCUGGACUUUACCCAACCCCCCUUCCUAGGACCCCUAUUCUCCCUCUCUCUUGCCCCUGUGGUAAAGUUCUCCCUGCUGUCCUUCUGAGACUACACCAUGUGUCCCUUGGAACUGGCUCCAAGUCAAUACAUGUAUCCCCUGCCAGGCUACCUCGGCCUCCCUCCCCUCUAUCCACUCUGUCCCGAGCUUCGGUUGAAGAGAGCAGAAAAACCUCAGGAUGAGAGAGCAGCACUCAAUAAAGCAGUCGGCGUUUUUAUUGUCAAA